AAGUUCUUAAACAAAGGUGACCUCGUUGAAAUAAUGUUUCCAGGAGUAGAGCGCGAGCCCCUACUUGCCGUAUUUGUCAAACAAUUUGAAACACAGUCCCAGUUCUACAGCAUAGAUGGCAAAUGGUUUCACCGGAAACUCAACGAUGUCCAAUUUACUGUGCAGGAUUUCAUGGAUCCAUCGUUGAUCGACCCUAUUGUUCCGUAUCUACCCAGCAAAGAAGUUACUUCUGAUCUCAUAGACAAGAUGCAGUUAUUCGAUAUCAGCGCUCCGCGGGAGAUAGCAUCGCCCGUCAUCUUCAAACUCAAACAGUUUGCCCAAGAAGCGGAUGCCAUCCAUCGGAAGCAUGCUUCCCUACUGGAAAAUGCACACAAAAAAUUGGCGCAUCAAGUUGAUUUGCGCUUUGGCACUCUCCAGAAGAUUACCGAAACUCUCUUGAACACGAAAAAGCCACCCAUAACAGUCAUGUAUGCGGUCCGCAAGGCGUUGAUGCACCAACCCUUGGGGUUCAUGACCGAUAUGCGAAGUCACCGUUUAACUAGUGUCUUUCAAAUAAUUCCAAAGGACUUAGUGGAGCGCCUGGAGCAGGCACGGGACUGGAUUCGCGAAUACCAGGAGUCAAUGGCACUCGACGACGGUGGUCCUCGUAGUCGCUCGAAAGAUUUGAAAGGUGCCGCCAUAGUCAAGAGUUUCGCCGCAAAAGCCCGAACUCUUGUCGAACAAAGUCGCCGCAUGCGCGAACCCACCAUGUACGGACGACUGACGUCGUCCAAAAACAAAUUUGAUAUUACUCCGACCUCGACCGCUCUCAGAGUUGUUGAGUCUCUGGAGUUUACUGAGUCGGAGCAGAUUCUGAUCCGCUUCUUGGAAGCCUGGUCCAUGUCUAGUCUUCUGCGCUCCUCACCUCGGCUUCUGAGCCUUUGCCCAAUCUUGUUGCGUGCGGUAGGGGUUUACGAUCCCUCUUGGCAAAAUCAAUCUAGUCUCGGCUUUGUAUUUCUGCAAGAGAUUGGAGUCAUUCCGCCACACGAGAACCGCAUCAAGUUUGACCCCCAUCUUCUGUUGCCCACAGCGCAACACUCUCGACAACUGGAGCAAUUGUUUGGCCAUCUCGAGCACAUGGGAACUGACAAAACCAAAGCCGCGACUUAUGAUGCUAUGAAGCACCUCCGAAGAGAUUACGGAGAUCGCACAGUCUUUUGUGUCGAUUCUGCCACUGCCGAAGAGAUCGACGACGGUAUAUCUCUUGAGCGAAUUCCGGAUAGAUUUGAGUACUGGGUCCAUGUUCAUGUCGCAAACCCGACGGCAUUCUUGCCAAAGGAUCACCUCGCAUCAAAGAUGGCCGCUCAUCUAACAGAAACGAUUUAUAUGCCGGAGAGAACAUACCCCAUGCUUCCCAGCUGGAUCACCCAGGAAAAAUUUAGCUUGGCUCCGAACCGCCCUUGUCUCACGAUUAGCAUCAAGCUCAACGAUGAUGCUGACGUCUUGGACGUGAAGAUGCAAUCUGGUUUCAUUCGUAACGUCGUUUCAAUGACACCCCCUACUGUUGAACGGAUAGUCACCGGAAAAGACGUGAGCAAAGAAUCCGGUGAAACAGAAAUCAUUCUUACCGUGGGUGGUAAGGUACCGGAGAUUGCAACUCGGAAAAUUCAUGAAGAGACAGAUCUGUCAGAAAGCCAAAUAUCUGACCUCAAAACAUUGCAAGCAUUAGCGAUGGCACGGAACAAGAAGCGUAGGCAAGCGGGUGGUAUCUUCUGGGACCAAGGGUAUCCCGAGUUCUCCGUCUACGACAAAUACGACCAACCGGGAGUCCCUUGGUCUACUCCAUCGCGAGACAGAGCUCGUUUCACGGAUGGUGACCCCGUAAUCCAAAUGCGCGCAAACUCAAGCACGAAUCCGUUUUCGACUGCGGGCGCCGAAUCCGAAAUUUUAGUGCGAGAGAUAAUGUUGCUCGCCGGUGAAGUGGGCGCCAAAUGGUGCAGAGACCGGAAUCUUCCAGUGAUAUAUCGUGGAAUGGUCAAGAGGCCCGGAACCAUGGACAUGAAAGAGUAUGAAAACACCGUCAUGAAGCCAGCUUUGAGGGAGGAUGGCUCUAUACCUUUCAGUAUUGCUAUGGAUUACCUGAAACACAUUGGUGCCUCGGUAGCCUCUACGACGCCUUAUGAGCACGGUGUUCUGGGAACUCCUCAAUACGCCAAGAUGACCAGUCCUUUGCGCCGCUACGGAGACAUGGUUAUGCACUGGCAAAUUGAGUCUGCCAUGCGGCUGGAGCACAAACUAGGUCGGAGCCUAGUUGGCUCAACUUACAAAGAGCAAGAACUUGCCUUCACCAAAAAGGAUAUUGAAGCCAUCAUUUCUCGGCUUACCCCUCGCGAGCGCCUAAUCAGUAAGACGAAACGAAACGCGCAGUCUUUCUGGCUAUCUCAGCUUUUCUUCCGAGCGAUCAUGUGCAAGGAAGCUGAUUUGCCUGAGACGUUCGAGGUUUACAUUACGAGUAUUCCUAACGACAACUACCCUCGUGAGAUAGGAGACGAACCAAAACUGGGAGACAUGUGGGAGGUCACGAUCACCGACGUCGACUGUUACCACAGGAGAAUGAGGGCUAAUCCAGUUCGGUUGAUCAAAAGGGCUGCUAUUUGA